AUGGAAAAUGAGAACAAAACACUCCGCGACCAAAUGAAGGAACAUCAGGAGAGGGUCGAUAAAAUACCGGGCACUCCGAUGCUAUUACCAAAACGCGACGUGGGCCGAUUCGUCGAACAACCAUACAGUGAAGGGGCUACUCCUUAUCCUAUUCCAAAGACCUUCAAGAUGCCGCCAUAUUUGAAAAUAUAUGACGGGACCACGGACCCGGAGGAUCACCUAAUCCAUUAUGUUACUGCAGUAAAAGGCAAUGAUCUGUCAAAAGAACAUGUACCGUCUGUGCUAUUAAAAAAGUUCGGCAAAACUUUGACAGGGGGAGCAUUGACAUGGUACUCCCAACUACCAGCGCGAUCGAUAUCGGCGUUCGAAGAGAUGGCGGAUAAAUUCGCCACCGCCCAUGCAGGAGCGAAGAAGGCCGAGGCUAGGUUCAACGAUAUCUUUAUCGUCAGGCAAACGACGGGCGAGGGACGUCGGGAUUUCCUGGCCCGAUUCAACAAAGUAAGAAUGAGUAUACCGAACAUGUCAGAAGGGAUGGCAGUAAAAGCCUUUCAAAAUGGGUUUAACAGGAAUGGAACAAAGGCAACCAAAAAACUGCUCAGUAGACUCAUGAAGUACCCCUCCUGCCACAUGAGAAGAAAUCCACAAUGCCUAUUGCGCCGAGAAAUAGUGUACGCACUGGAGAAACUGGGCAUAAAGGUGCAGUGGCUGCAAAAGAUGAAAUCGUAUCCAAGCACCAGGAGGUCGAACGUCCUUUGUAAAUUCUACCAAGAAAGAGGACACACGACCGAAGAUUGCAUAGGUCUGCGGCAAGAAGCAGUUAGGAUGUUAAACCAGGGGUACUUGAAAGAACUGCUAAGCGAUAAAGAAAGGGCCAACUUCGCUCGAGGGCGCGACCCAUCUCAAGGACCUCCAAAGCCACCAUCGCCAGUGCGUACCAUACAAAUGAUCAUUGGUGGCGGCGAUGAUACGGUUUACAUCGAUGACAUGCUAGUGAAGGCGGCAAAGAAAGAAGAUCAUAUUAGUCAUCUGAAGGAAGCCUUCGAAAUACUAAGGCAGUACGGAAUGAAACUAAAUCUCGAAAAAUGUGCCUUUGGCGUGACUUUUGGAAAGUUCCUCGAUUUCCUAGUGUCACAAAGGGGAAUUGAGGUCAACCCGGACCAAAUCAAGGCCAUCAAUGCAAUACCAGAAAUACUGACCAACAAAAAGCAGGUGCAAUAA